GAAAUUAAUGUUUAGAAAUGCAAAUAAUGCACACAUGAAAAUUGCCUGAAAUGAAAUAUUACCUGUAUUUUACCUCGGCGACUAGUUGAAUUUACAAGCUCACAUCGGCAUUAAGGGAGUACUCCAGCUAUGAUGUGGCGGUUGACUAUUACUCACAUGAUGUUCUUGAGCGCAGUGUCAGUGUACAUGUCCAAUGCAUUGUUUGUUGCAUGGGAAAAGGACGCAAAUUUGACCGCAGAUGACAUAUUCAUUGAAGUCAGGAACACUUACAUACCUACAGUUCCGAGAUUCGAUAGAAUAUCACAAGCGUUCAGGAAUCUGACUUCCCACUCUCUAGACGAGCGCUGCCAGAAGGGCAUGGGACUCUCCAUAUCGUGGAGCUUGAACUCGCCGUACGCUGGAAUCCUGGGACCGAGAUUCGGUAAAAAGUUCGGCUUUGCCGCGCGAGGGAUAUUUCCUAAUGUCAUCAACAGAAUUGUUCAAUAUUGUUGCAACGGAAGUAAAAUCGAGUAUGGUGCCUUCGUGAAGAGUAUCUGGGAAGCUGAAGAUCUUUUCUCUGAACAAAAGUUCGACUUUACUUUCCCUGUGUACAUCGCCAAAGUAGACAAAGAUUCGUAUCGUGAUCAACCGUUUGUCCCUGUUGUCACAGCACCUCGGGUUAUGUUACUGGUCCAAGAAAAGCAAAAGGGUGAAAAGAAAACAAAUUUUGCAAGCACAAUUUUCGAUACUUGGCCAUUCCUGGUAUUUAUUCUGGCUGCAGCAGGCGCCUCUGGAAUGAUAGUGUGGCUACUGGAGUUCGUUUUCUUCUCCGACGAGUUUUCCAAGAAAUUUGUGAGCGGAGCCUGGGACGGAUUUUGGUGGGCUGUUGUUACCAUGACAACAGUAGGGUACGGAGACAGUUCCCCUAAAUCAUUGCCAGGUAGACUUUUCUGUUUCAUCUGGAUCAUUACCGGAAUAAAUAUCAUAUCGAUAUUUACUGCAUUGGUCACAGCCUCUGUUACAGCCACAACGAGACCCUACUUUAACAUUCAUGGUGCUAAGAUUGGUGCAGUAAACGGCAGUGAAGAGUUUAGACUUGGAGUCAGCAUUAACUUUGAUAUGCAAGCAUUUAGCACCCCGGUGGCGAUGACUAAAGCCGUGCAAGACUCCGUGGUUGAUGGUCUUUUGAUCGACAACUAUGCCUUGACAAGGUUUUCAAAGCUCAUGGAGAAAGAAAAAGGAUUGCGAGUAGAACGGACGAUUGAACAUCCAAUCACAUACGGCCUUGCACUUCCAUCCGGGGAACCUCAAACCACGCAGUGUGUGCGACGUUACAUGAGGAACUACAAUCAUGAAAUAUUUGAUCACAUUGCAAAAUAUCUUAUUCCUAUCAAGAGCAAACAAAACGAUAAAAACUUGGCAGUUGAAGCGACGGAAGCUCUCUUCUACCAACAAAAAACGUUUGUAAAAAUUGUCAGAAAUGGAGUCAUCAUUGUGGGCAGUCUCGUAGUCAUUGGACUCCUCUGGGAGUUAUAUCGAAGAUAUAAACAAAGAUUCUCAUGUGGAUUUACAUGUCGAAGGAGCAGUCAUGGUGAAUGGAAGUCAGACACGCCGGUUCCCAACGAUUCCAAGCAAGAGAUGAUGGCUUUGCAGUCAAAGAGUAAGUCAAAGAAAGUCAACGCCGAAGAGCUCGUGCUUGGCUACAAUAAGUUCCAUAAACACUGGGUGGAGCAGUUGGAAAGCAUGAGGUCACGAAAACCGUAAAGGAUAACUCCAAUCACAUUUGCCAGGCAAACCCAGAUUGAGUGGCUGAUAGACCAAGAUAAAAUAAACACUGGCCAUUGGGAAAAAAAAACAAAAACAAAAAAACAAACUGAAAUACUAAGACUACAAUCUGUAAGAAGAAUUUUCAUCAAUCUAUGACUUAUGCUCUUGUCCCCAGACCUUAGCUGGACUUCUUUGAAGUAGCUUUAGAAAAAGUUCGUUUUCUAUUUCAUUGCACGCGCAGUAUUUGUUUAAUAAAGUAGUAUUAAGACACAGCCAAUAAAAUUAUUUUGUUCCAAGUG